UCUAUAUCUAAUUACCAUAGGGGUCACUUAAAUUAGGGAUUGUUGGUGAAAACGGGCAUAGGUUUCUUUUACACAGUACUGUUUACUGUCUAGGCCAGGAGUUCCCAAAGUGUGCGCCGCGGCGCCGCCCUGGUGCGCAUAGAAAGUAAAGAGGGGCACCGUGAGUCAAUCCUUAACGUUGCGUUGGCGCUUGGAAACCGUUGAAACCCUACCCCUCCCAUAUCUGUACCCGCCCGUCUUUCGACUGUAUCUUUUUCAAAAGGUAGGGCGCCGUGACAAAAUACUUUUGUAAGUGCGCCGCGGAAUGAAAAAGAUUGGGAACCCCUGGUGUAGGCUCUUUUUAUGCUCAAAGCGCACUUAAAAUAGAGGUAGGAAAAGGCGGCCUGAUCUCAAUGCGCUCUUAAAAGAGAUGGGCGGGAGAAGGAUAAGUUAAAUUGCGGGAGUUUGCGAAUUGCGGACAUGCUACUAUUUUUAUUUUAGCUUAAGCAAACUUGAAAGCUUAUUAUACUCGUUAACUUAUACAUCCCUUAAUCCCUUACAUUUAAAGCAACCGCGCACAACAAGUGUGUGAAGAACUGGUAGGUAUUUGAAACUUUUAUAACUAGAAAAUAUCCAAUAUGAUUACAAAAAAUUCAACUAUUUAUCCUUUAAUCUAGGUGGCUAUGACACAUUUUCAAAUAUGGCCCAACAUUAACAAGUUCUGUAAAUUUUAGUUUGAUUCCAAAAGUAGAUAAACCAGCCUAAUCAUUAUGGAAGAAUCAGAAAUAGUGCAAUAUCCGAAAGAGCCUAGCUUAAAGUCACAAAAUGAUCCAAGUAUCAGAUCUCAAGCAGCCUCCAUAGUACAAGAACUUGCAUCAAUAAAAGAGUCACCGUUACGAUUACCUACAGGUUCUUUACAAAGGUCUCCAAUAGUGUCUCCUCCGAAAGCAAUGACACCGCCGGCACCCAUCGGCUCCAUUCAAAGUACAAGUUCCAAACAAGGAUCCUUGAAAAGUGUAAGAAGUUACAAAAGCCAGUCGCCUAAAAGCCCUUCACCUAAAAGCCAGUCACCCAAAAACUCGUCACCUAAAAGCUCGUCACCCCUACUACAGCCUGAACAGAAAAGUCUAAGCGCAAAAUCGAACAAUGACGAAAAUAUUGAUGAUACCAUUGCAACUUUUGAACCGCAAAGUCAAAAUAUAAGUGAACAUAUUGAUGAAUUAUCAAAUACUAUUAAAACACUAGCAAAAGAUCUCAAAAGCCCACAGUCACCGAAAUUAUCUACAGGCAGCAACAUAGACAAAAUUGCUGAAAUGAGCCAACAACUGACGAAUGAAGCCAACGCGCUAAGAAAGUCCAUCAAGAGUCUGUCGCAGGAUAUUGCUAAAACCAAAAAUGAAAAGAACAUAAACGUGAAUUUCCCAUAUCAUCUAUUCUUAAUAGAAAUUGUUGUUAACAAGAUUCACAUGAAAUGCGAAUGUUUUGAAAUAGAUUACAAUAAUUUAGUAAUCUCAGCUAGUUUUUUAGGGAAACAGCCUAUAGUGUUGUAUGAUCCCUUUUACGGAAAAAUUGAGAAUUUCAGUAAACUAAACGUGGGGAAGUCUACUCUUUUUGCUAUGACCUACGACAAAAUAUGUUGCAUUAAGAAGUUCGACAUCAUAAUUCAGUUAACGAAACAACCCCCGUGUUCGGAAUGCGUCACGAAAAUCGGCGAAACUCGCAUGGACUAUAUGAAAGAAUUUGUUACCCUGAGAGAAGACCUCUGCAAGAAAUGGUCGGAAGAGAAACCAAAUGACAACAUACAGUGUACAACUUCCACGCAACUAUCUAAGAACAUGUAUUACUUGUCAUGUAGUGAUGAUGAAACUCAUGAUCCUAUAGGUAUCAUUGAAGUUUCGGUGCGCAUGUCUUUUCUUGGCAAAGAGAUCACUACAGCAUUUUGUUCUUCACCAAAACCGCAGACUGCAUCUUUUUUACUAAAACAAGAUAACGGAAUGACUAUGUAUUCGUGCCAGAAAGUAGAAAUGGACGAACAAGGGAAAAUUCUUCUGGAUGAAGAUGUUAUGACAAAAAAGGGAUCAUCAAGAAAUGUUCCAAAUAGACAUGGCAGCAGAAGAUCGGAGAGUCCGAUUUCUCAGCUAUCUAGUAUAGAAUCGUCAAAACGUUCAUAUUAUGAUCGAAGUCCUGUAACGUAUCCAAACAAUCAAGAUGGAAUGCCUAAAUAUGACGAAAUUUUCACCAAAAUGAAUGCCAAUGAGCUCAAAAUAAGGGUUCCUAAGAGUACAAAAGUAGAGCGAAUGGGAAAAUACGAUAAAAUUCAAGAAUUGUGUUCCUGCGAAAGUACUCCCUACAACACAGGGGAACAAAUACAAUUCGAGCUCCCAAGAGAUGGCACAUAUCCUAAUAAAUAUGGAACUCACACUUCAAAUCUGAAAUACACAUACACAGGCUGUGAUAAUCGUAAAAAUGUUGAUAAAGACAGGAAAAUCAUAAAUGUCACUCCAAGUAAUUGUCCAGUCCCAGUUUAUAUGGAAAAAAUGGUUCAUCCCAAUAAGGAUGUUUUCAUAUUGAAAAUUGGGAAAAAAUUAGAAACGAAGGAUAAAAAGACAGAUCUUGAAAUAGAAUUUGUAUCCCCAAAGGCACCAUCUGAGCAGCCAAAAUCUAUUGAUAAUGCCCACAUUUCACAGCAGUGCAGUACUGGAGAGUUGAAAGAUGGUAAGCCCGCAGGAAACAAGAAAAAAGUAAAGGGGAAAGGGAAAAAAGAAAAGUCGAAAAAGAAAGGAAAGAAAGCAGGAAAAGCCAAAAAGAAGAAAUAAGUUUAUCUAUGUAUCAGUAUCAGUAUCAAUAGCUAUUCUAUUACAUACAUGGAUUGAAAGAGAUGAAUUUUAUUAAACCGUAUCCGAUUUGGCCAUGACCAUGAGUCUUUAGAAAUAAAGUUUUACGUUAUAUUCUGUGGUCAUUUAUUUGAUUUGCGUGAAUGUUCACUACAAACAGGUAUCAUUUGGAGUUUCUUUUUGUUUCCAAAGUGUCCCAUAAAACUUUACCGUGAUUUUUUUUUUCG